GCAUCUCUCUCUUUUUCCGGCACGUACCGGAAAUGAUUAAAAAAUUUUUAAAAAUAUUGAGUAUAUGUCAAAAUUUGUAUUACAGUUUUAUUUUAAAAAUACCCAUAAACAAAUAAUAUUGCAACAUAUUUUGAUCAAAUUAGUUUUUAUUGCAAAAUUUUCGUUUUAGCGUUCAGGGCUAUGUCAGCGACAUCUUCAAUUUUUGUUUAGAGUCAUUUCUGAAAGCUUGGACUGAAUGUCUGAGCACAUCACGAAAAUUAAAUUACGUUGCAAAUAUCAAAGUUUAUAAUUCUCAUAAUAUUAUUUGUGGAAUAAAAUUUUAGUGAGGAAUACGGAAGUGUGCAAAAGAAGUGAGAAUAUAAAAAUUCUGUGUACAUAUUAAUUAUAAUUGCAAGUUGUCAUGGCGGCUGUGUGAUCGACCAAUAGGAACGCUGGAUGCGUUGGUUGUUAAGUGUUCUUUUUCGCCUGCGAUACGCGUCAUUAAACUAUUUUGUGAUUUUUUUUGGUGAAUUGAAUAAAUUAGUCAUAAUUCGUGAAUAAACAAAAUGAAAAUUACGUGAGAAAUGAUAGUAAGCCAAGAAAUUUAUCAUACAUCAGUGCGAAAUGAAUUUUCUGUUGUUUAUCACGUGACCUACCCGAUUAUUAUGGCGAAAAGAUCGGACCAUGAAUCGUUUUAAGUAAAAUUUUGACAUUCGCAUUUGUGUACAGGUUUGUUUUCCCAAUCUACCACGUGUAAUUUAGCCACUGAUUGACAUUUGACCACCAGGAUGUCAACAAGAGGUAUGAAAAAGAGGGGGCGUCCCCCUAAGGUUCAAGUAUCAGAAAGAUCCAAAAAGUUUCAAUUUCAUCUUCUUAAGAAACCAAAAUAUUUAUUAAAUUAUAAGACGCCUGACUCUCAGACCAGUACUCCAACAGCUUCCAGAGCUUCUUCUCCGCAUGAGAGUGAAUCAAGUAGACGUAGUAGUACUCGAAUAAGAGGCAAAGAUGGGCAUAGGGCUAGUCGAAAAUCUGGUUAUGUCGGCUCUGCUUACCAGCGCAGGGGCUACAAUACAUCAACAGAAUAUCAUGAAUCUGAAUAUCAUUAUGGCUCAGAUUUCGGAGACGAUUCCAGUGACAACAAAAGUGAAGUUGAAGAUGAACUGGGGAUAUCUGAAAGUGAAUCGGAGGGUUCUGUGGGUGAUCCUAGUAGUGAUAGUGACUUUUCCUUAAGCAGUUUCAGUACUAUGAGUGGAACUCCUCGUAAAGGCUUUAGUGUUAAUAGAGCUCCAACGCCAGAUCCUCCGUUGUGGCUACAAAACCGAGAAAUACCUCCUUUAGUGUUACCCAAAUCUUCUGAUGAUUUAUUAGUACCUAGAGAAAGAAUAAUGGAAGUAGUUAGCAUUUAUGAAGUUCUAAGACAUUUUAGAAAUCUUGUCAGGUUGUCUCCAUUUAGAUUAGAAGAUUUUUGUGCUGCUAUAAUGUGCGAAGAUCAAAGUAGUCUCUUGGCUGAAAUCCAUAUAAUGCUAUUAAAAGCAUUACUAAGGGAAGAAGAUUCUCAACAGACUCACUUUGGACCUCUUGACCAAAAAGACAGUGUAAAUAUAUCUCUGUACCUGGUUGACUAUAUUACUUAUCCUGAAGUUUUGAGAGCUUACGUAGAAAGUGAUAAAAGCUUCGAUCAAAAAGUAUUAGAAAUAUUAUCCACAACUGAUUAUCCAUUUUCAACACUUGAAGAUAGAAUUAAAGUUCUUCAGUUUUUAACUGACCAAUUUUUAAUUACAAAUCCAGUUAGAGAAGAUUUAUUGAGCGAAGUGCCUAUGCACUAUGAUGAUCAUUGUCGAGUAUGCCAUAAGCUUGGUGACCUUCUUUGUUGUGAAACUUGCCCAGCAGUAUAUCAUUUGGAAUGUGUGGAUCCUCCCUUAUCCAAUAUUCCAGAAGAAGAUUGGCAAUGUGGCAUAUGCCGUUCACAUAAAGUAUCUGGUGUUGUAGACUGUGUCUUGGAUUUAGAGAAACAAGGACAAUUAUCCAGACAAGAACCUUUGGGAUAUGAUAGACAUGGCCGGAAAUACUAUUUUCUUUGUAGGAGGCUGUUUGUGGAAAGUCAAGAUGGAGAAGUCCACUAUUACACCACAACGUUACAAUUCAAAGAGCUCUUUAAAAUUUUGGAUUCCAAAGAGAUGGAGAGUACGUUACAUAGAGAAUUGCAAGAUUUUAGCAACGAAAUUACAAGACAAAUGGAUCUUACAGAAAAGCUGACAAAUCAGUACAAGGGGAAUAAGAAAACAUAUCUUGAUGCUGAAAAUACUGCUAUAUUGAAGAUGAAUAAAGAAAAAGAUGAUAAAAUGGAAGUGGAAAAACGUGAAAAAGAAAAACAAACUACAGAUACGGCAGUUACAAAAAUGCACGAAGAAGUUGAAACCACAGAUGAGAUACCGAUGGUUGUAGAAAGUACUGAAAUAGUCACCACUUCAGAUUUAGAUUCUGCAAUGGAUACCACAAUUAAUCAUACAGAGACCAUUAAAACAGAUAAAGAAUUCGAUGAUGAAGAAAAUGAUAAAACAAAGGAAGUUGUAACUAGGUCCAAAUCUGGUGUUUUGACUCCGAGAACAUUCAAUAUGGAUGAUUUAAGAAAGAAAAGUUUGGGACUUUUAAAUAAAGACGAAAUUGAAAGGGAUGAAUCUAGAAUGACGAGGUUAAAAUCAAGUCAAAUUGCUAAUGGAACAUAUCUAUUCAAAUUGGGAAUGGAAAAUUCAUUCAAAAUCUAUGUUAAUCAAUUCACAACAAAUGUUAUCGCCCUAAAUAAACCACAAAGAAAUGAGGAAAGAGAUAAGAAACGACAUUUAUCUCAUAAAUUCUCACUAACCCCUGCUUCAGAGUUCAAAUGGACAGGUGCAGUUAGUGGAACUAAAACACUGCUUAGCAAUACUUUAAGACACACAAUUUUACAGCUAGAACAACAGAUUCAGUCUCCUUUUAUGCAUCCAAAUUGGCAUUUACUUCGCAAACAUUGGUUAAAUCUAGUUUCCAAUUGCCAACAACCAAAGGACUUUGCUAAGGUUUUAGUUGUAUUGCAAGCUUGUAUAAAACCUGUGGUGUUCGCUAAUGUAUGGCAUGAACAGUUGGGUCAUACUAAGUUAGCAAGGAUUACUGCAACUGAAAGAGAAGAAAGAAAGAAAAUAGAAAAACGCGAAAAGAAAGAACGAGAAGAGGAGGAAGAAAGAAAUAGAAUGAUUAUAAGCGGUUACGUGAAAUAUACAAUUAGUUUUAAACAUCAGUUGUGGAAGCAAAAGGGAGAAGAAUAUAGAAUCCAUGGCAGGUGGGGCUGGUUGUGGAUUCGUAUGCCAAGAAACUUUCAACACGUAGAUUCUCGACAAUUAGGUUUAGCUGUACCAAAUAAAAUUAUGGUACAAAUAAAAGACGGUGACAAUGGUAGUAAAAUGAUGUCUUUGGAUCCGGCAGCACAUAAAUUCCUUAUGACAGGGGACUUGACUGGUGAAGGUGUACCCUCGUCUUUAAAGAGUAUUGAAAUUGUUCCUCCAGUUUCAAAAUUUGCAGAAAUAAACGUUAGCAAAGCUUUAACUUCACCCGGUCGGUUAUUAUAUCCAAAAAUAGCUAAAAGAACAAAAUUGGACAAUCUCCUAGCAAGAAGGAUCCAAUUAAAAACUAUGGAAGAACAAAAAAUAUCUUUGAUAAAACCAGAAUAUACGGCAAAGGAAGAAGAAAUUGAUGUUGAAAAAGAAGAAGAAGAUAGCAGUGAAUGUCUAGAUAAACAGUUAAAUAACAUGAUGUCUGGUAAAAUAGCAAUAUCCAACAGUCAACAAUCUACUCAACCCAAUAGAGAAAUAUUGAAUUCUAUAGCGAAACGUAUCAACAUUUUAAGGACCCAGUACACAACCAUCGGAAGAUUAGCUAAAGAUUUUCAAUGUUAUGUAAAAGGGUGUAAUUCUGGAACUGCCGGUACCAGUUUGGAUUCAACUUGUUACUCUCCUUUAUGCAUGCAACGACUUAGAGUGAGAAAAGAUUUAUUAGGUUUAUUGAGAAAAGCAAAUUUAGCUACUAACUCUUCAAACAAGUUGGUGACAUUACCUCAAACAGGAAAUGUAAUUAAGAAACCUUCAAUUUUAGAACAAACAUUAAAAGCACCACUGCCAGUAGUUCAAAAAGAAAAAGAUGUUCCCCCAACUAGGGAAACUAUUUGUAAAGGACUAAUAAAUGCUUUGGAUGCAGCUUUGAAAGUUGAAGAACCAAGUGACAUUUAUAUCCCUUUAAAUAAAGUUGAAGUUAAGAAUGAAACAGAUGAGGAAGUGAAAAGUUCAGAAGAGUCUGUUACUACUACAUCCAAAGCAAAUGCAAUAGCAGUUGAUGGUGUGGUGAAAAGUGUAGCUUCCUCUCAAGACUUCACAGAUGUUGUUUCUGUAACAGCCUCAUCCAGUGAUGGACCUAGUCGUACAAUACAAACCUUAAAUGCUAAAUCUACAGUUUAUAGUGCUCAACAAAAUCGAAGAUUUUGUGCUUUUAGACUUGGUGUUAAGCGAGAGGAGAGAGCAGUUAAAACAGAACACGCAGAAGAUGGUACUGAAAAAAUUUACUCAGCUCAGAGUUCUGAAGGAAAGGUGAUUUUAAGGAAAAUAUCCUUAUUGGACAAUAAGCGGAAAAAUAAGCAAAUAGUGAAAUAUCCAGCAUGCUCAUCUUUCAGAACAAUGAAAACACACACAUCUCUGUUGGUAUUACCACCGUAUGAUACAAAAAAAUUGGCUAGAAAUGCAGGAAGAAUUCACGUUUCCGGUUUUCAUCAUCUUGCUAAAGCAAACAAUAGCGUUUGGCCUUACCCCUGUGCGAGACCUUUAUUUAAGACCUGCUGGAUAUAUAGAACAGUCAAUUUGAAAUCAUUGGCAUGUGCGGCUCUUCAAUUAAAAAUUCUGUGGGCUUGUCUAAGAUGGGACGAUAUGCAAGUGAAACCACAAAAUGCUGAUGGGAAGCAUCAGAUUACUACAGAAACGGAAAUUUUAUCUUUGGAACUCCUAAAACAUAGGCAUGUAGGACAAUUUAUGGGAAAGACGCAAUAUUUACGACGAAAAGUAGUUAUACCAUUAGAGCUUCCAAAAACUGUAAGAGAGGUGACGUCGAUAAGAAGCGGACUUCGAAAAAGAAAGCGACCAGAAUCUCCACAAAACAUGGACCCUCAAGUUACAGAAGAAUGGGUAGAUGAAGAGAAGCUGGAACUUUGGGAGAUUAAACAAUAUGGAGAAAAGAUGGAAAAGGCUAAUCAGCAAGUUAUCACUAGGAGUAGAACUGGCAAUCUUCCACCUUCGAAACCAGUGAUCGAAGCACCAGAUAUAAAAGUAGCUGUGAGCGGUAAAGCAACUGCGGAAGAAAUCAAAGAGAAAAUGGAACAACAACUCCGAUUACAGAGGGCUGCACAUCAACAGAAGAGGGCGCUCGAUGUGAAAAAUAUGAGUCUUACCACGCAAUCUUCCUCUGCUAGUACUACGGUAACAACCACAAAAGCAUCAACUACAAGUAAUGCGACAUUGCAACCAAUCCAACCUAAAGUGGCCACGACGGUUGAUGGACAGAUGAAGAUCGUCAAAAAUGUUGUGGUGCCCAAUCAAGCAGUAGUCAGCGGUAAAAAUACUCUAACUUCGUUACUUACCUCGAACACUACUAAAUUAGCCGGCAGAAGGAUACUCAUGACCAAAGGACCAGAUGGUACUACCAGAGUUAUAACCGGGACAUCGAAUAUUCUACCUAAAAAUCUGCCUACUACUCAACAGAGUUUGAUUAAAACUUCGACAGGAAACCAACAAACUUUGAGUCAACAGCCAACUACCUCAACUACGACUGUAGCAAAUCAACAGACUCAGCAACAGUCGGUCGCCAAAGAAACACCACAACGCGUUCAAAUAAUGCGUACACCCGAUGGUCGCAUCACCGUCAAAGGUCUUUUGCCCGGUCAACAACUCGUACAAUAUCCGGAUGGUAAGCUUCAGGUGCUUACUACUUCUCAAUUGCAAUCAUCGGGGUUAACGCCUGCCAAAGCGCCUGCGCAACCACAAACUGCAAAAGCUAUUGUUAAACAGGCUAUACAAACUUCUACAGGUACCAAAACGUUGAUUCAAACAACUCCAGGGAAGCAAACGAUUAUCGGCCAGCAGCAAGUCCAAAAUCAACAGUUGAAUAAAAUUCAACAAUCUCCAGUUUCGCAACAGUCACCGCAACCUCAAAUACAGUCGCAACAGCAACAAGUUAUUGUUAAACAACCCAGUCAACAGUUGGUGCAAAAAGUUGCCCCAGGAAAUGUUGUAUUAGGUGCCGGCGGACAAGUUAUGCAACAACAGGUUCUUCUGAGCACAAAUCAAGUUAUAACUUCUAAUCAAAAUGGACAGCAGGUCAUCACGAAUCAAAUAGUUGUCAACAAUCAAUCUCUAGCUCAGCAGUUAGCAUCCGGUAAGGUUCAAGUGGCUACUAUUAAUGGUCAGCAAGUUUUGAUUCGACCAACUGGCAACAACCAAGCACAAGUUGUUGCACAAUUGACUCCUGGUCCCAUCGGUCAAUCGUUACAAGUCCAAACUCCAGUUAAGCAAGUUAUUAGAUCAUCCGAAAUCCAACAGACUACGCCAGCUGUCCAACAAGCUCAGCAGCAAUCGUCACCACAGUCUCUGCAACAAGCGUUGCAGAGUCCAUCUAAAACGGUACAAGAUAACCAAAUCGAUCAAGCAACGAUGGACCAAUUGAUGAUCGGUCAACCGCAGGGUACCGUUAUCAAAUGUGUGACAGCUCAGGUUAUACAAACUCAACAAGGACCGAGGAUUGUACUGCAAGGUUUACAAGGAGCAGAUUUCACUCCUCAACAGUUGACGGCUGUGCAACAGCAAGUAAAACAGCAAUUACUCAAAGCUCAAGCAUCCACUGGUAAACAAGGUGUCCUUGGUCCAACAAAAAUAUAUCUUGCUGUACAACCUAAUACAAAUCAAGAAACAAGUGAAGCGACGUCUACUAAUCCUCCACCUCUUACGCCAGUACAACCUCAGUCUCAAAUCUCUCAAUCAGUUGUUACUCAACAAACUGUUAAUCCAUCUGUGGUAACGCCGAAGCAAACGCUUGUUAAACAGUUAAAUCAGUCUAUAGAAACUCCCACCAACGUUCGUCAAAUUUUAGUGAAUGGCGAACAAUCACAAUCUACACUACUCAAAUCGAAUGUGGAGCCCCAACUACAACAUCAACAAGUAUUGCCGCAACAACCUUCCUCGCAAGUGCAAUUACAGUCCCAAUCUCAAGUUCCCCAACAGCAACGUGUGGUGACUUCGAAUGCUGAUGCUAACAAGCAGUUUGUGGUAACUCCAGAUUAUAUACAACAAACUAUAAAAACUGCUUUAAAACAAGAAAACCUUAAUCCCGAAAUCGAAGAGAAACUUCUCCAACUUCAGAGGUACCAGGAAAGACAAAUGAAACACGAACCAGAAAUACCGGCUUCUGUUACUAAACUGAGUCAACCAAUAAUUAAUUCUAGACAUCCCAGUUCAUCAAGAAAGCGACCAUUAAGUACAUCCAAAAACGAUGAUGCCGAUUGGGUAAUGGAAACGCCGAAAAGGAGCCGACCAAACCGAAUCAUUGAAGUUAAAAAAGUUGAAGUUGAAACUCAUCCAGAACCCGUUAAAGAAAAAAUCGUAUCGCCCAGAAGCAAAGUGAAAAUUAAAGAAGUAUCUGAGACAGAAAAGAAAGUUACAAUGAAAACAAAAAUAUUGGUUACGUUAUUUAGACAUAAAGAAAUGUUGAAGAAAGAUAUACUCAGGAAACGGGCUCUCUUAGAAAAGGAGUUGCAGUAUGAAAUUCAGCGAGAGGUAACUGAAGAAUUGGCCGCCCGUACAAAAAUCGAAAGAACAAAACAAGAUGAAGUUCGAACUGGAAGCAGUAAAAGGAAAUCUGCCCCUACAGCAACCACCGCCGCAAUUCCUACCCCGCAACCGAAAACAUCCUCUAGGCAUAAAAAGAAUCCGAAGCAAGUGCCUCAAGUGUCGCCCACUAUAACGGCCACUCAUUCCAAAAGUCAUAAUAAAAAAGAAAAGGUUUAUUGCAUCUGCAGGACACCCUAUGAUGAAACUAAAUUUUACGUCGGUUGUGAUCUUUGUAAUAAUUGGUUCCAUGGCGAUUGUGUGGGUAUAACGGAGGAAAAUAGCAAAUCGUUAUCGGAGUUUAUUUGUAACGAAUGUAAACAAGCCAGAGAUACACAUAAAUUGUAUUGUUUAUGCCAACAACCAUACGAUGAAUCACAAUUUUAUAUCUGCUGUGAUAGAUGUCAAGACUGGUUCCAUGGUAGGUGUGUGGGUAUUUUACAAUCCGAAGCAGAUAAUAUCGAUGAAUAUAUUUGUCCACGAUGUCAAAGGAAUAAUUCCGUCAAUUUUGCCAAUAUGAAAGAUUUACAAGCUAAAGAUUUUGAUGGCUUAAAAAAACUCAUCAAGCAACUACAAGUUCACAAAAGUGCUUGGCCUUUUAUGGAACCAGUGGAUCCAACGGAAGCACCAGAUUAUUAUAAAGUCAUAAAGGAACCUAUGGAUUUGCAAAUGAUCGAAGGUAAAAUCAACGAUCAAGUUUACACUAAAUUAAGCGAAUUCAUAGGAGAUAUGACAAAAAUAUUUGACAACUGUAGAUAUUACAAUCCAAAGGAAUCUCCUUUUUAUAAAUGUGCAGAAUCCCUGGAGGCGUAUUUCGUCAAUAAAAUAAAAUGUUUACGAGACAAGUUGUAUGAAAAUAAUAAAUGAACAGAUUUUUUGAAUAAUUAUUAAGAUUCGAAGAAAGACUUUCAGCAGGUCUGAACGAUCUCAGCUUUAUUAUUCAUAAUUUGUAGUAUUCAAUUGAUUAAUGAUCUGCUAAAAGUCACAUUUCAAAAUAUUUGUAAAUAUAUAUUAAAAUAUUUAGUUUUUGUGAAUAUGUGUAUGAAUGAAAUUUUAUUUUGUAAUUAUCUUUUGAUAUUGAUUUUGUUAUUUAUUCGUACAAAGUAUUUAAUUAGAUUUUUUAAAGUCUUGACAACUGAUAAUUCUGUAAUAAAAUCAUUUUAAGCUUUAAAA